UCCGUCAAGAUGGCGUCUGGUAGUCGUGGGGAUCCAUUGCCCAGAGUACAAUGUCCAAACCAUCCAGAUGCCAUAUUGGUGGAAGAUUACCGUGCUGGUGAUAUGAUCUGCCCUGAAUGUGGACUGGUAGUAGGUGAUAGAGUUAUAGAUGUCGGCUCAGAGUGGCGGACAUUUAGCAAUGACAAAGCAACAAAAGAUCCAUCUAGAGUUGGUGAUGCCCAGAAUCCACUCCUAAACGGCGGUGAUUUGUCGACUAUGAUUGGAAAGGGUACUGGAUCAGCAAGUUUUGAUGAAUUUGGAAAUGCAAAAUAUCAAAAUCGUCGGACUAUGAGUAGUUCUGAUCGAGCAAUGAUGAAUGCAUUCAAGGAAAUCAGUAAUAUGUCUGACAGGAUAAAUCUCCCCAGAAAUAUUGUUGAUCGAACAAAUAACUUAUUUAAACAAGUGUAUGAACAAAAAAGCCUAAAGGGAAGGAGUAAUGAUGCCAUUGCUUCUGCCUGUUUGUACAUUGCCUGUAGACAAGAAGGUGUACCACGAACAUUCAAAGAAAUAUGUGCAGUGUCCAGGAUUCCAAAGAAGGAAAUAGGCCGUUGCUUCAAGUUGAUUCUGAAAGCUCUGGAGACCAGUGUGGAUCUAAUUACUACAGGAGAUUUUAUGUCCAGGUUCUGUUCAAACUUGGGAUUGCCUAAACAAGUGCAAAUGGCUGCAACGCACAUUGCGAGGAAAGCUGUGGAACUGGAUUUGGUACCUGGUAGAAGCCCUAUUUCAGUAGCUGCAGCAGCUAUUUAUAUGGCAUCACAAGCUUCAGCUGACAAAAGAACACAGAAAGAGAUUGGAGACAUUGCUGGGGUAGCUGAUGUCACAAUUAGGCAGUCCUACAGACUCAUCUAUCCACGAGCUGCUGACCUCUUCCCUGCUGAAUUUAAAUUUGAUACUCCGGUUGACAAACUACCCCAGUUGUAAAUGGAACCAGCCUACUUUGCAAUAAUUUGUUUAAAAUAAAACUAAGCAUUCCCCAAUGUAAAAUUUUUCAAGUUAAUUUGGCCUCCUGAUUUUUGAAAACCGCUCAAGUGAAGAACACAGCUGAGAACCAGUGAAACUACAUGACAGCAGAUGGCUACGCUGUAUCAGAAUAUCGCACGUACAUUCCAAAGUUGAAUUUCAAGGUUGUUUGUACUUGCCAGCUAAUUUGUAUAUUUGCAAAUUUAUACUUAACCAGAUAAUUUGUAUAUAAAGUGAAAAUUGGGGAUAUUGUGUUGUGAAAGGCUGAUCAAUGACAGACUGGCUCAUUUUAGUUUUUUGGUGUAAUUUGACAUACCCAUAUUCAGGUUUGGAAAGAUGCUUGAUGUCUUCAUAAAUAAAUUACCAUUUUUUUCUUUGCUUUUGUAUCUACAUUGACUUCUUGAACCUCAGAAUUGGUACUUAGUAUGACAAGAGUGGUUGUUGAUCUUUGAAAUCACCAUCAGCAAAUAGUUUGAGGUAUUCAAGAUAGCUUCUGGUUAUUUAGUUUAAUAAUUAAUUGAACUUUUUUUGGAGAUGUUAUUUGUGUUAGGAAUUAGUGUAUUUAUUUUUAAGGAAGAGAAAAUUGUAUAAUGGUUUCAAAGUGUUUAAGUAUAACACUUGAGUUUGUCUUGAAGAUUUUCUAAAGGAGCAAUUCCAUUUUAUAUCAGUGAAAAAAAUCAUGCAUGUUACUCAAAGCUCCUUAAGUGGCAUGCUUACACAUUAAUGACUUAUUGAAGGAGUAGUUCAAUUGUAGUUGACAUUUGUACA